AUGCAAGGCGCGACGCUUGGUGAGGACUUUCACCGUCAGAGGCGACAGCUGGAGGAGGCGGUGACGAGGGCAGAGCAAGGGGUGGUGCUGGGAGCAGCUGGGCACUCACCAGACGGAAGCGGCCGGCUGGCGGAAGCCCUCACCGCGCUGGCGAACCUGUGCGCCCAACAGGCCACCACGCUGCGUCGGCAGCUACCCGACCAACCCACACACAGCCCCGACGAGGAGCGCACGAUAGACCAGAUCAACGCUCUCCACCUCGAGGCAAGUGAGCUGUAUGCACGAGCUAUGCGAACCGAUUCGUCAGUGGCGCGAGCCACGUCGAUCACGUCAUGCGUGUGGCAGGCUCCGCCGUCGCCUUCCCUCUCCUUCCGCACCCUCCACACAGACACGAACGAGGUGGGAGAAAAGGAAGAGUACCCAAGCGACGAUGAAGAAGGCGAUGAAGAUGAAGACGAGGACGAAGACGAGGACGAGGAGAUGAGCGAUGAGGUGCAGGAGCGACACAUGUUCGACCUCGCCCGACGCCAGUACGAGGAGCACCUGCGCACGUCGGCCGACCCGCGAAUAGUCAUGCGCUACGCGCGAAUGCUGGUCCACAGACUGGAGGAGAAGGCGCGGGUGUACACGGAGGAGGAGCAGGCGGGGUUCCUCGCCCGGGCGGCCGAGCUGCUGGCUCAGGUGGUACGCCAGGGCCAGGAGGACACCGGCGGCGGCGGCAGCAGCGGCGGGGAAUUGGCCAACGAUGCGGCAGCCUACAUACAACGCGUGGAGAGUCUCGCCAAGAACAAACGCACGCGUCAUGCCCCUUGA